CUGCCCCUGCUUUCUGGGUCUCCUGGCUUAAGCAGCUGACCAGGUCCUCCGCGGGCUUGCGUGUCCUCCCACCCCCGGCUCCGCCUCCAGCUGCAGCUCCGCGAGCCCUCUAGGUUGACAAGAGGGGCGAGGCGAUGGCUACCGGAGGGGCGGGCGUCGCUAGCUGAGAGACCGGUUGGCCGCGGGCGCGGCGGCGACGCAGGCGCACUGGGUUCGCCGCGCCGAACUGCAGCCAUGGAGCAGGCACCUCCGGACCCCGAGCGGCAGCUCCAGCCGGCGCCCUUGGAGCCGCUGGGCUCCCCAGACGCUGGGCUGGGGGCUGCGGUCGGCAAGGAAGCGGAGGGGGCCGGAGAAGAGAGCUCUGGGGUCGACACGAUGACACACAAUAAUUUUUGGUUGAAGAAGAUAGAAAUCAGUGUUUCAGAAGCAGAAAAACGAACUGGAAGAAAUGCCAUGAACAUGCAAGAAACAUAUACUGCUUACCUCAUUGAAACAAGGUCAGUUGAACAUACCGAUGGUCAGAGUGUCCUAACAGACUCACUAUGGCGGCGAUAUAGUGAAUUUGAGUUGUUGAGAAGCUACCUUUUAGUUUACUAUCCACAUAUUGUUGUGCCACCUCUGCCAGAAAAACGGGCAGAAUUUGUUUGGCAUAAACUCUCUGCUGACAACAUGGAUCCAGAUUUUGUGGAGAGGCGACGGAUUGGUUUAGAAAACUUUCUCUUGAGGAUUGCUUCACAUCCCAUCCUUUGUAGAGACAAAAUCUUCUAUCUGUUUUUAACACAGGAAGGUAACUGGAAGGAGACUGUGAAUGAAACUGGGUUUCAGCUGAAGGCAGACUCCAGGUUAAAAGCGCUUAAUGCAACAUUCAGAGUGAAAAACCCAGACAAGAGAUUUACUGACCUUAAGCACUAUAGUGAUGAACUGCAGUCUGUCAUCUCACAUCUUCUUCGAGUCAGAGCUAGAGUAGCAGAUCGACUCUAUGGUGUAUAUAAAGUACAUGGGAAUUAUGGUCGAGUUUUCAGUGAAUGGAGUGCCAUAGAAAAAGAAAUGGGUGAUGGACUGCAGAGUGCUGGUCAUCAUAUGGAUGUGUAUGCAUCUUCUAUUGAUGAUAUUUUGGAAGAUGAAGAACAUUAUGCAGAUCAGUUAAAAGAGUAUCUUUUUUAUGCAGAAGCAUUGCGGGCUGUGUGCAGGAAACAUGAACUUAUGCAGUAUGACUUGGAGAUGGCUGCUCAGGACUUAGCAUCCAAGAAGCAGCAGUGUGAGGAACUGGUAACUGGGACUGUGAGAACAUUCUCUUUGAAGGGAAUGACUACCAAGCUCUUUGGUCAAGAAACUCCAGAGCAGAGAGAAGCCAGAAUAAAGGUGCUAGAAGAACAAAUAAAUGAAGGAGAACAACAGCUAAAGUCUAAAAAUCUGGAAGGCAGAGAAUUUGUGAAAAACGCAUGGGCUGAUAUUGAACGCUUCAAAGAACAAAAGAACCGAGACUUAAAGGAGGCCCUCAUAAGCUAUGCAGUCAUGCAGAUCAGUAUGUGCAAAAAGGGAAUUCAAGUUUGGACCAAUGCUAAGGAAUGCUUUAGCAAGAUGUAAUCCUGUGAAUUGAAUUUCUCUUCAAUCAAAGUGCCCCAAAACAGAAGCACAAGUAAAUAAAAGAAAUUUAAGUCGCUAUCUAGUAUACAUAAACAUAUACAAUAAGUUAAGUAAAUUCAGCUUUCUUUAACUUGAUUGUAGUCGUGUUAAUGUAGCACAAAAAAGAUAUAUUUUAAUGAAGAUUAAAUAUUAUAAUUUGAGGUUUUGGGGACUGGUGCUGAUUCCAAAAAGUUAAUUUAAUAAUAUAUACCAACAGAUUGUUUGUCACGCUUCUGAACCAAUGACUGAAUGUCAAGAUGUUCGUUAAUUUCUAGAUGUUUGUUUCAAGACCAGCUGUUUCAGAUCUAUUAAUGUAGGGAAUUUUUCCCUAAGAUUGAAUUCCUAUAUUUACUUGGUAAGAUCCACUAAUCUGUUAUAGGGAGUUGUUUUCUCUUGCCUUAUAGUUGAGCUAUUUGGUUUGACAAAGCUCAGCAGAAACUUGAUGUGAAAAAUCUACGAUUUUCUUCUACAUUCAUUGAUGCCCCUUGUAACGUUUGCAUACACUAGAAAAUGCCUUCAAUUUGUGUUUUACCAGAAUUUUGAUACUGGUCAGAAAUUUUAUACUGCCAAUAAAGAAGACUCAACUUCUCAGAUCUAUAAUGGGAUACAUUGUCAUCCUCUAGCAAUUCCUAUAUAGAAAGUUUUAACUGAAUAUGUUACAUAUAAGAAUUAAAUUCUUCUCAAAUAAUUCUUAACCUCAGUAAUGAGCCUAAAUUUACUCUGCUUGGCUCUCUACACAUGGCAUUUCAGGGUAUAAGAUGUAGCAUUUCAAUGUGUAAGAUAUAUGUACUAAACAUAUGUGUUGCUAUCUUCAUCAUUAACAUCCUUCUUUUCUAUUGCUUGGCUGUAAUUUUUGUAAAGAUAAAUUAUAUUGUUUUUUUGUAUGUGUGUUUGUAGUAUAUGUUCAGAAGACAAGCAUCUUCAUUUUGCUAGCUUUGCAGAAUCUUAAAAUGUGUACUCGUUAUUUCUAAUGAUGUAAAAAAAAAUCCCUAGUCCUGUUUAGCAUUUGACUUUUUUAUAUGUUUUAAAUGUUGCUGGAUUUUUGUGCUGUUUGCCAAACUUAUACAAUAAAUAAAUGAAAUAUUGUGCUGA